UAUUUCCUUUGUCAUCGAAUUUUAUCAUGAAAAUACUGAAGAUGGUGAUAUAUAUUUUUGUUUGGAUUUUAGGCUUUGUUCAGAGUGACAAAUGUUAUGAUGAUUUAAGCAAUGGUGUAACUGGGUCAUGGUUUUGUUGUAAUAAUCAUGAGGAAAAGAAUGGCACAUGUGUUGAAUGUGAAAUUGGGUAUGUUUCAAAGGACGGAUAUCCAUGCCAACCAUGUUCACUUGGACUGUGGGGACGAAAAUGCAGAGAUGUUUGUAGCUGCCUGCAUAACGAAAGAUGUGAUAUUGUGGAUGGAUGUGUUGAGGUGACAACUGUCAUGUCAGAAAAGUUGUACAGUACAUUUACAGAGCCAAAGGAUUCAACAUAUGUUAUGACGACAGUUGAUAGCAUUUCAGCAACUCAUAAAAAGGAAAAGUGGGACAGUACAUUUACAGAGCCAAAGGAAUCUACACAUGUUAUGACAACAGUUGAUAGUUUAUCAGCAUAUGAUAAAAAUGAUGGGAUAUUUCUGAAAAGAGAACUUAUUAUUUAUUCAAUAAGUGCAGGAAGCAUUGUAGUAAUGGUUGCUCUAGGAUCAUGUUGUUUCAAAUACAAAAGGAAAGCUGAACAUUUAAACAAAUCAAAAUCACCAGGAACACAUCAUGAACAAGUACCUUCCGAUCAAACAAAUGUUCAAUUUAACGAUGAAAGUAGUACUUAUGAAUCAAUUAAUGAAGAUAAUAUGAUUUGCAAUGACACGUUUAUUCGCAGCAUUAUCAGAGAUGAACAUGUUAAUCAAGAUGACAUUUAUUUAACAGUCGACCAAGAUGUAAGUAGUAGCUCAUAUUCUGAGGGAGAUGUAGUAGAUUCUCCCAAUGACGACUAUCUAAAUCCCUAUCAGCAAAUGAUAGAGGUCGAUGUGCAUGGUUAUCAUCGUUUGGAGGGUGAGUCCACUCAAAAAAUGGUGGAAAUAUCUCCAGGAAGUUCUGCGAGCAGGAUUGCUGAUCUACUAAAUGGAAAUGAUUGUUUUCAAACUACAGAUACAAAACCACUGACAAUAGGUCUACUCAUGACAACAAAAUCAGAAAAUUUUAAAAACAGAGAAGAAAAGCAAAGCAAAUUCUAAAAAUAAAUUUUUAAUCAUCCUCUUACUGUGGUAUUCCUAACGAAACAACGAUACCACUGACAUUCGGGUCAGGCUAGUGGUAGAUA